AUGGCUCUAUUUGGCUUUCUCAAGAAGCGGGCUUCCCACACAUCGUACAGUUCGAAAGGACAAAACAACAAGAAGGAAUUCACCAAUUCAGGUAAUGGAAAGACUUUUAAAACCAGACCAGAAUCCAAUAGCCCGGACACUUCGGUAAAGAGGAAAAGCCUCCUUCACAUUUUAACGGAUCCAAUCGCAAACCGGACAUCUACCACAUCAUCUUCUGCAGAGGGCAAUUUUCCAAAUGUAGAAGCCACUAGGGCUCCUCCAGUUUUGAGCGAUUCUUAUGGAAGGCCGAGAAACUUUUCGAUGUCAUCGAGAACAUCCGAAUCUGAGCAAAAAGGAGCAAAAGCUCUGAGUAAUGUUCUUCACAGUCGGUCGGCUAGUACAAUCUCCUCCAACCGUGUCCCUUUCAUGAACUCAGGUGACGAGGCAGAUACAGGGAUGGUCCCAGUUCCGCAAUCAUUGGUUCCUGCUGUAACAAUAAUUCAUGCCCAACAGGCCAGAUGCUAUUUCGAAGCUACUGUUGAUGUCCCAGUAAAUGAUCAUGAAUCACCAAACAAACCACUUUCAGCGAUAGCCUGGAGGCCAGCAUUUAUAAGGUUGAUUGGAACAGAUUUGGCCAUAAUGGAAAGAAAGUCCAAUACGAAAAGAAAAGAAACUACCGCUAGUGAUACCUCGUACGAUCGAAAGCAAAAGCCGUCUUCCCUUCUCAUCAACAUAUCGGACGCCGAACUUGAAUUUAUUAAAAGUGGGGCGACCUAUGACUUAAAAUUGAAUAUCACUAACGAAAAAUGCUACUAUAUUCGCUGUGAGAAUGAGCAAGAUAUGAACUAUCUCAUAGCAGGAUUGUUUCUUUCUCAAUUUGAGUACAAACAAUUGCAAGAGAGCUUUACGGGAGCAUUGCUUUCCUCUACUGCUGUUCACUUUUCUGAUGUCAGAACACUAUUGGACCCAAAAAACUUGCAUGCACAUAGUGAGUGGUGUAUUCUGAGAUUCCCAUUUAUAAAUGAUAAAUGGAUAAGGUGCUAUGUUAUUGUGAGACCGCAAAGUAGAACCAUCAAGAAAAAACACAAAUGUGGAAAAAUCGAGGUUUACACAUCGAGCACCAUUUCCAAAAAGAAUUUGUUGGCUAUAAUGACUAACGGACACUCCGCCUACUCUUUAUAUCCAGAAAAUCCCAAAUAUAUCGAUAGCAAUGCACUGAUCCGAACUUGGGCCGACUGCUACAUCAAUAGGCAACUAAUUCAAAAGAUAAUUCAGGAAGAUGAUGACAGUUCAAUUAACGAAAACGGCUCAACCUUCGGAUAUACAAACACAAAGCACCUGAAGAUAAUUCACAGGCGUACCAGAACAUCUUCUUUCAGUUCCCUGAGACCAUCAGCAAGGAGACUUUCAAGGGCCAGAAGGUCUAAUACACACAGGAGAGCAGACUCGACUGUUUCUGUGAUGUCAUCCCAUUCUGAGGCAGGUUAUGCUCAGGCACCUGAGAGGAUGAAGAAAUUGGAUUUAGUUCAGACAAAACUUUGCUACAUGAUUCCGGAAACACACGGAGCCGUCCAACCAUCCGAGACAAUGCUUCGGCUUCUUAUUCCUAUCAUGAAUACAUUUCACUUGUACGGCCGUCCUGAAAAAUUCCGUUCUAGCAGAGAUGAUAAGCAUUCUCUUUUAUUUGGCUUCCCGCAGUUACCUCACACUCAGUAUAUGGAUAUGCAGACAGCUUUUGACCUUGUGUCGCUAAAUAUGACCAACGCAAAUCAGCAGCAUUGGACUUCUUACGAAUGGAUCGAGGUCUUUAAAGAGUUGGUCCACCUUAAAAUGUCCAAAGGUUGGGACGGAACGGGAUCUAUUGUUGACGUGUAUAGAGAUGGUUUACUUUAUCGUAAGGAAAAUCAUUCUAGCUCGUCAACGGUAUACACGGAUUACGAUCCUGAGGAGGAUUUUGCCAGUAAUAGCAAUAAUAGUGCUACUGGAAAUAGUUCCAAUAAUAGGAACUCUAGCACUACUGAAUCGACUACACCUUUUAGUGUGGAGGAAUCUAUAAAAGGCAAAGACAUUCCUAUUGAGACGUCAAUUCCGGAACCAAUUCCCAGAAGCAAUGAGACCGCUGUUCAUUAA